AUGGGCAGAUCCAAAAUUACCCAGACCAGUACAUCCAGUGCUAAAAAGGCCAAAGUUGGUAAUGGGAGAACAUCAAGCAACCGAGCAAGCCAUCUGCAAAGGGCCAUGCCCGAAUUCAAGAGUACGUUGUGUACUACCACAUCGGAAAGAACCAAGACUAGAACACGUGAAAACAUGAACCGUUUACUCGAGGAGAUUCUAAAAGUCGAUGAUGAAUUAAGAACGUGGUUGGAGUAUACCGGAUAUUUUGAUCCCGAAAAUCGCAAGAGAAUAUUAGAUAAAGCUAAAACGCGGAGAGAACUUGACCAGAGACGGGCAGAGUUUCUCGCCCAAGUCCAGUCAGCCACUAUCCAUGCAUUACCAGCUCCUAUGUCUUUAGUCCAACAAGAGUUGCCACCUCUUCGUUAUAGACGAUCAAGAAGAUUUUCAGGAGCAACAUCUCGACCACGGAGGGCAAUUCGGGCGGAAACUUGA